CCGACGCGGACGGCCGGCCCGACCCCGGGCGCCCCGGGACAACGAUCGCGCGGGGGCCGCCGGCCGAGCUCUCCCAGCGCUGGGCGCGGGUCUCUCGGCCGGAGGUCGGCGCCCGGCGCUGCCCGGGCCAGGGGUCGGCGGUGCGGCGCGAGCCCGGGGGUCUCGGGACCCGGCGGCGGGCGAGGCGGUCGCGGGAGCAUGAGCGGGCAGCGCGUGGACGUUAAGGUGGUGAUGCUGGGCAAGGAGUACGUGGGCAAGACGAGCCUGGUGGAGCGCUACGUGCACGACCGCUUCCUGGUGGGGCCCUACCAGAACACGAUCGGGGCUGCUUUCGUGGCCAAGGUGAUGUCCGUCGGCGACCGGACAGUGACUCUGGGCAUUUGGGACACGGCCGGAUCUGAGCGCUACGAGGCCAUGAGCCGCAUCUACUACCGGGGCGCCAAGGCGGCCAUCGUCUGCUACGACCUGACGGACAGCAGCAGCUUCGAGCGGGCCAAGUUCUGGGUGAAGGAGCUCCGCAGUCUGGAGGAGAGCUGCCAGAUUUACCUGUGCGGCACCAAGCGUGACCUGCUGGAGGAGGACCGCCACCGCCGCCGCGUGGACUUCCAUGAUGUCCAGGACUACGCAGAUAAUAUCAAAGCGCAGCUCUUCGAAACGUCCAGCAAGACGGGCCAGAGUGUGGACGAGCUGUUCCAGAAAGUGGCUGAGGAUUACGUCAGUGUGGCUGCCUUCCAGGUGAUGACAGAGGACAAGGGUGUGGACCUGAAUCAGAAGGCUAACCCCUACUUCUACAGCUGUUGUCACCACUGAGUAACCCCCCUGGCUUGAGGAUUUCCCCAGAGGGCAGGACCCAGCAGCUGUCUGGGCUUCGGUGGCCCAAUCACUGGCAGCAGAGGUGGCGCCGGCCGUGCUGGCCCCAUGCUAGGCAGCAGUGGGCUGGCUGAGGGGCACAAGGAGGGCAGCUGUGACCCGUCGGCCCCCAGCGCAAGUGACAUUUGUAUCUACAGAUGAUCGAAGUGGCUUCUGAUGUGUAAAUAAAGUCGAAUGCACUGUGACUGCA